AUGAAAAGCAGUUUUCUUUUUCAGUCUCAAUCUGCAUUAACUCUCUUUCCUUCUGUUUUUUUUUCUCCCCUCCCACUCUCGAACUCCACCACCUUCACCGUCAAGAUCGCCGCCAUGCCCUCUCGCCGCCUCCUUUCCCCGCCGGCGGCGCCUGUCUCCCCGACUGACCAUCUCCUCCCACCUCUGGCCGGCGGUCUGACGGCGGCGUUUUCCUGCCUCAUCCUCCUCGUUCUCUGCUUCCGGCGGAUCACACGAAAGCGCACGGCGCCGGCCACCUCCGACACCGACUCCAGGAAGCCCCCCCAUCGCCUCUCGUACUCCCUCCUACGCCGCGCCACCUCCAAUUUCUCCCCCUCUCUCCGCCUCGGGCAGGGCGGCUUCGGCUCCGUCUAUCGCGGCGAGUUCAAUCCAGGCCCCCGUGGCUCCGGAGAGUUCCCCCUCGCCGCUUCCCGCGUCGCCGUCAAGCUCAUGAACGCGGGGUCCCUUCAAGGGGAGCGCGAAUUUCAGAACGAGCUGCUUUUCGCCUCGAAGAUCGACUGUAAGUACAUCGUCUCCGUUUUAGGGUUUUCCUCGAAUCCUAGUAAACGCCGUAUGCUUUUGAUUUACGAGCUCAUGGAAAACGGUAGCCUACAAAAUUGCCUUUUCCACAAAAAGAGUGAGGAGCUGAGGAAUUGGGGCAAGCGGUUCUCGAUUGCUCUCAACAUUGCCAGAGGGUUAGAGUACUUGCAUCACUCUACCGAUCCACCCAUUAUUCACGGGGAUAUUAAGCCGAGCAAUAUCCUGCUCGACGGAGCUUUUAAUGCCAAGAUCGGCGAUUUCGGGCUGGCGAGGUUUAAGGUAGAAGAAGAUAAUGCUAUCAUAGAAGCUGAACUAAAGAAUGAGAACCCAUUGGCAAAUUGGGCACGGGAGGAUAAUGGAUCUGGGAUGGAGGAUGCUGAAAGUGUGAUUGCGACAAGUGGGUUUGAGGAAGUAAAUAGCAGCAUUCAUUCUAAUUUUGAUACAUCACCCGAGAGCGUGAUUGUCGGAGUCGAGACUUCGCCGGAGGCUGUAGUGGACACGGAGCUCCAGUCACCCGAGGUGGACCUCAUUGUGUCAACUAGAACUGUGGCUGAGAUGUCCUCGCCGUGUGAAGGACUGGAUAAAACGAGCAUCUCAGAAGGGACUUUUGACAAGCUUAGCAUCGAUAGAAGGCGGAAAAACAAGAAGAAAAAGAGCAUAUCUGGCAAAGACUGGUGGUGGAAGCAGGACUCUGGCUCUGAUGGGGAUUCAAUGAAGGUGAAGGACUACGUUAUGGAGUGGAUUGGAAAUGAGAUCAAGAACGACAUGCCCAAGAGUGAUUCGAACUUUGGCCCCUCGGUCUCCAAAUCCUCUGAAAAGAAAGUCAACAAGAAGAGCAAGAAGAAAAAGAGGCAGCUCGACUGGUGGGUGUCCCUAGACGACGAAAAGGAUUCCAAGAAAAAAAACAAGGGACGGCCCGCGAGGGAGUGGUGGAAGGAGGAGUACUGUUCGGAGCUGGAGAAAAACAAUAAGAAAACAAAAAAGAAGAAGAAGAAGAAGAAAGAACAAGUGUCAACAAGUGAGAUAGACUCUUGCAGCGAAAACUGGUGGAGCAGAGGUAGUAAGGGCAGUGGUGAUGUGUGGAGAGUGAGAAACAAUAGCAGUUACGAUUCGGUUAGUGUGAGCGGAGGUAUUAGCAGCACACCAAGUAUGAGAGGGACCGUUUGCUACAUUGCUCCCGAGUAUGGUAACGGUGCUGAUGUGUCUGAAAAGUGUGACGUGUACAGUUAUGGGGUUUUGCUGUUGGUUCUGAUCGCGGGCCGGAGGCCUCUGCAGGUGACGGGAUCACCCAUGUCGGAGUUCCAGCGAGCAAACCUGCUGUCAUGGGCUCGCCACCUGGCACGAUCCGGGAAGCUUCUGGAAUUGGUGGACGAGAGAAUCAGUCGAGAGUCGAUGGACAACAGGCAGGCGUUGCUGUGCCUCACAGUGGCCUUGCUGUGCCUGCAGAAGUUCCCGGCUCGUAGGCCGUCGAUGAGAGAGGUGGUAGGGAUGCUAUUGGGCGAUUUGACGUGUCCACAGCUGCCGGUGGAGUUCUCACCUUCGCCUCACGGACGGUUUUUGGUGGUCAAAUCGCACAAGAAGGUCCGGUGA